AUGCUGGUAGCAUAUUAUUAUCUCAAAGUUCCUCUGGUCAUCUUCAAACGGGAGAAGGAAAUUUCUCGCAUGCUGGAGUUCGAAGGGAUGUGGAUAUCACAGCAGCCAGCUGAGGAUAAUUUGCGUGCACAUUGGGAUAAAUUGGUCCUUUCGACUCCAUCAUUUCCGCAAAUGUACUGGGGUAAAUUCGUGAAGAAGAAGGUCCGCAACAAAUACUCGGUGCAGUAUGAUUACGAUGAAAUCACAAGGCUGUUGGGCAUGGAUAAACCCGUUCCGGAUGCGACGGCAUCCAACAGUUCCAUCAUGAGCAUGUUUACUGGAAUGGAUUUACAAUACUUGAUUUGGAAAUGGGGUGUGGUAUUCACGGAUAUCUCGUUCCUUUAUCUGGCCGUUUAUUUUGCUGCAUCUUUCUUCGGCAACUUCAACUAUUUCCUUUAUGCAUGUCACCUUUUGGAUGUGGCUGUCUCAUUCAAAACAUUGAACACCAUCAUUCAGUCUGUGACACAUAACGGAAAACAGUUGGUUUUGACCGUGAUGCUUACUUCCAUUGUGAUCUAUCUGUACACGGUGAUCGCCUUCAAUUUCUUCCGUAAAUUCUAUGUGAAGGACAACGACGGUGUUCAGGAUCCAAAGUGUAAUGAUAUGAAAACGUGCUUCAUUUUCCAUCUGCACACGGGUUUACGUGCUGGUGGUGGAAUCGGUGAUGAGAUUGAGGCUCCGGAUGGAGAUGAAUGGGAGAAUUUUCGCAUACUUUUCGACCUCACAUUUUUCUUCUUUGUCAUUAUCAUCCUGUUGGCUAUUAUUCAAGGUCUCAUCAUUGACGCUUUCGGUGAUCUGCGUGAUCAACUGGAGCAGGUCAAAGAGGACUUAGAAUCCAAAUGCUUCAUUUGCGGGAUUGGUAAAGAAUAUUUUGAUAAAAUCCCGCAUGGGUUCGAACAACACGUGGAAAAAGAGCACAACUUUGCUAACUAUAUGUAUUUCCUCAUGCAUAUUAUAAACAAGCCUGAUACCGAAUAUACUGGUCAAGAGACCUACGUAUGGGAGCUAUACCAACAGCGUUGUUGGGAUUUCUUCCCGAUAGGAGACUGUUUCCGAAAACAAUACGAAGAAGAAUUGCAGCCCAAGUAG